AUUGCCUUGAAAUGGUUGUCACAUGACUUUUACUGGUGAUUAUAAACAACGCGUUGGUCGUCAUUCCGAAUUGACUCAUUGGUACAAGAUCCAUUAAAAGUAACUCGUAAGCAACCGUACACAGUAUCAACAAUGGAUAGGAAAGGCUUUAUUGCCUUCCUACUUCUCUUGUUAUGUGUAGGAGUGACUGUAUCUUUCAAUCCAUGUCAGCCUACCAUGGUUCAUAUUGCCUACGGUGGUAAGCAAUAACUAUAACACUAUAACUAAACUAUAACUUUGACUUUAACUUAUAACUAUCGACAUCGAGUAUUUAAAUUUAAAUAAUAAAUAAGUCAAGUAAUUAGUAAUUGGAGUCAAAUAAUAUAAUUGUAUAAUUAUAUAAUAAUUGAUAAUAUAUAACAAGAAGUAUUUUUCAUCUAUUGCUAUACUGAUCAGUGAUCACUGAUACUAUUUCAUACUAUUUACCGCACAGUUAAACUGCAAUUUUUGUUCCUCUAAAAAUGACCUUAAAAUUAAAUUACCAAAUGUAAAUGAUCACAAAUUAAAUCAUUAAAUUAAUGUCACUAAUAUCACUAAAGGAGUUCAUUUACUGCUUAUUUCCACGCUAGAGAAAUACUUUAGAUGUUAUGAUAUGUGAUCUUAAAUUGUGGAAUGUUGGGCCUACCCAACCACUUUUCACAUAAAUUUUAAAAAAUUGUGAAAAAUCAAUCUUAAAUUUAAUUUACAACAAAAACUACUUAAACCAAUUUCAAUAAAAAAAAUUUUCUAUUAUAUUAUCAGAAAAUCGUAAAAUAAAGAAUUCUUUUAUCUAAAUUAGACUUUUUAAACCGUUUUUCACACCUGUAAACAGAUUUUAAUGUCUUUUUUACAGAAAUGUUAUUAAUUUGAUAAAACUAUACAACCACUUAACUUUUUGCAAAGUAAAAACACAAAUAAAUUUUCAUUUUUUGAAAAAAAAAAAUUAACUAACCCUUAUUUUUUCAAAAUUAAAUUUUGACAUGUGUAAAAUGAUUGGUUUUUGAUAUUCAUGGGUAAACUUAUAUAUUAUAUGUAAAUUUACCCACAUUUUCUUAACGCCACUGAUUUUCUUAAUUGCUAAACAUACGUUUAUUUAGAGAAAGUAACAUCUCUUUUUCACAACUUUAAAAUAUCACCUGAUUUAAAGACAUAGUCAUCCAAGUAAAAAUGCAUAGACCCUAUUUCCUACCCCCCAUAUGUAUGUACCUUAAACUUAAAAGUUUAAUUAUUUAUCAAAUUCAUUCCUUUAUUCUGAGGCGUAUCCUGUGCUGUCUGGGGCAAAAUGAAAGUAUCGAAUUCCCCACCCGCCAGAUUUUAAUAAAAAUAAAUAAAAUCAUCCAUAGGAUAGUAGCCCCCUACAUACCCAAUCACACAAUUUAUGCAUUUCAUAUGGUUUGUUCUUAUUUGGAUGAGUGAUAAGUGCAUUUCAUUAGUGAAUGCUAGUUGGCAAUGGAGUUUCGCUGUACUGAUUUAAUUAAUUGGGCAUUUUCUUAUUCAAAAUAUAUUUAAAGGUUACUUUUUUAUAAAUUUAAUAAAAGUAUAUUUUUGGAAUAAAAAAACCCACUUAUUAAAUGUUAAAAAUACAAAGCUAAAAUUUGCUGUGUUUUAUUAACAAUUUAAAAAGCAAUCAAUUAUAUUUAUUUAUUUUACUUUUAAGAAGGGGAAAACACUGUUUCAGUUUUGUCAGGCAAGGUUAUUAAAUUAAAGCAACUUAGAGGCAGUUCAUGCUAUGAUGUCAUUUGUGUGUUUAUUUAUAUCAAAUUAAGUUUAAUUUAUUUUGCAAUUUAACAACGCCCUAAAAAAAUGCACUAAAAAUAGCAGAUGUUUCGUUUUCCUGAUAAAUGUGAUUAUUAUGUAGUCUUAGAUUAUAAUUUUUUGAUUUAAAAACUUUUUCAUAACUUUCAAAUUUUGAUAAAAUGCUUAAAAUAGUUCCUUGAUUGUUAUCAUAAAUGUUUGUGUAAUUUAUAAUAAUAAUACUUAAUCUUUUACUAAAAUAAAAGUGGAUAUAUUUUAUUUUUUGCUAAUUUAAAUUUUUUCGAUUUCCGUAAAUUGUAAAAUAAUAGAAAAUCACUAUAAAUAAUUGUUUUUAAGAACCGAACGUAUUUAAAUCACUUAUUUUCUUUAGCAUAAUGGUGAGCCUAGCUCAUUCUUAUAUAUAGGCCUAUUAACGAUAGCAAAUAUUGUUAAAAUGAAUAUCGUAAAAUACAUUCUUAUCCUAGUUAAGUUUAGAUUCAACAGUUUAAUUCAGAUAGUUUAGUUGAACUUAAUUUAGUAGCCUAUGCCUAGCAUUCAUGUAUUUUUAUAUGUAUAUAAGUAUAUUUUAUGUCCAAUGGCUUGUCUUAGGAAGGAUGAGAGGUAUGGACCCGACACUAAUUCUGCCCGGGCAACACUUUUUCUUUAUAGUUUUUUCGAGGUAGGCAGGUAGGGGCGGCAAAAAUCUUGACCUGCUGGGUGGGAGAGGGAGACUUACCCUACCCCUGGUGUCAGUUACCCUGGCUAUGUCACCCCAAUGAGUGCACCCAAAUUCAAAAUUUGAAUUGAAUAAAGCAAAGUUUAGCUUAUUAUAUAAAGUUAUAAUUAAAAGUAGGCAUAAUACAUUUUUUUAUAAUUGUAAAUGCCCAAGCCUAUACAGUAUAGACUGUCAUAUAUUUAUAAUCUUAGACUUUGUCUAAAACUUAAGUCUUAAAAGUGUGUACCUAGGAUGGUGUGCAAUAGGAUGGUGUGCAAUAGGAUGGUGUGCAUGAAUUGAAUGUGUCAUUAACUUUCAAGUAGUGGCCUUUUAGAUAUGCACCUUUUAGAUUAUUUAUUUUUAAAAUAGGGCAAUUAUAUUUAAAUAAUAAAGGGCUAUAAGCCUAAUUAAUCUUUACUUCUUCUAAAUUUCAAUAUUUAAUUUGAGACAGCAAAGAAAUAGUUUUAUACUUUCAGAAAUAAAAUAAAGUAAAUAAAGAGAUCCAAAUAAUCCUAAUUAAAUAUUACUUUGAAAACUUUUACAAUAAAUGCACUCCAGAAAAGUUUUCUGAGCAGAUACUCAGCUAUAUUUUAUAAAAUGGAUCUUCACUCAAAAAGGGUUGCAGACCCUCAGAUCCCUGGUUUAUGCCUUCUCACCAACACAUAAACUUAUCAUAUCAAUGCAAAGAUCAGAUUUCUAAUUUUAUUUUUAAACAAAUCCAGAUGAUGUCUCUAAAAUGAUAAUAACCUGGAGCACAAUCAAUGACUCCGCCUCCAUUGUCCAGUAUGGAGACUCUGUGAAAAACCUCACACUGGCUCAGAAAGGCAACAGUACAAAGUUUACAGAAGCUGAUGGCAAAUCAACACGUUUCCAGUUUAUUCAUCGUGUUGACCUUGAAAACCUAAAACCAAACACCACCUACUGUAAGUAUUAAAAGCUGUGAAACAAUAUUUAAACAAAUAUGUGAAGAAAAUAAAACUUACCUUUCUGGUAUUCUUAAAUUGAGAGAAUCGGCUGUUGUAUUUUUGUUGAUGUUACUUUUGUUAUAUUAAACAAAUUUGAGUGUAAAUUCUUAAUGAAUUAAUUAACUUUCUUUAUUUUUAAGAUUAUGAAAUGCAUCUCAGAUCUUAUAAAUUCUCUUGGCAGCUUUCUCUAUGACAUUCAGACUAUGAAUGUAUGUAUUACAUAUACACAUAGGAUGUAGUGGAAGAAAUGGUUACAAAAAGGGGGACAAUCCUUUUUAAGGUCUAUCAAUUGCAGUGCGCCUCAAAUAUAAACAUUUAAAAAAUAUAACUUUCAGUCUACAUCGCUGGAAGUCCCAUGGGCUGGUCCUCGACUUUCCACUUCAGGACAAUGCCCGUUGGUGAAGACUGGAGUCCAAGUUUAGCAAUAUUUGGAGACAUGGGAAGCAAAAAUGCCCAAUCCAUCCCUCGACUUGUCAGUGAUGCUGCUGUUGGAAUGUAUGAUGCUAUUCUACAUGUUGGUAAGAGGGAUGAUGCUGCUGUUGGAAUGUAUGAUGCUAUUCUACAUGUUGGUAAGAGGGAUGAUGCUGCUGUUGGAAUGUAUGAUGCUAUUCUACAUGUUGGUAAGAGGGAUGAUGCUGCUGUUGGAAUGUAUGAUGCUAUUCUACAUGUUGGUAAGAGGGAUGAUGCUGCUGUUGGAAUGUAUGAUGCUAUUCUACAUGUUGGUAAGAGGGAUGAUGCUGCUGUUGGAAUGUAUGAUGCUAUUCUACAUGUUGGUAAGAGGAUUGGAAUUAAAAUUACAUAUACAAGAAGACACCCACAAGCCGGUUAUAAAAAAUAUGGAUUUUUUUUUAUGCUGAGCAAGAAUCACAACCCAAUUUUUAGUGAAUGGAUAUGCAUCACUAAACAUGACUAAAACAUAGCAAAAAAUAUGUUUAUUGGCAUGAAUAUUACAGUAACUCUUAAUAAGUUAUGUGGUUAACUGUGGCCUCAACAUUCACAACACAUGUUUAUAUAUGGAUUUAAAAAUGAGUGUGGGAUAAAACUACUAUUAGUUCAGAUAAUCAACAUCUUACUGUCAUUGUUAGGCCUAUAUUAUGUAUUAUAAAAGUAAAAUUUAGUUUUUGUAAGAAGUCUUAGGCUUGUUAAGUGUGAAAUUACAUGUGAUACUAUUAUUAAAUGAAAUAUUAACAAAUUAAUCUUUAUUUAUUGUAUUGCAGGUGACUUUGCAUACGACCUAACAGGUGUAAGUAAAUAUUGCUUAAAUAGAAAUACAUAAAGCCAUAUUUGCAAGCUGAACAUAAUCAAUUUCCAAACAUAAAAUAUUGUAUUUAAAUUAAGUUUUAAAAAAUCGUCAUAUAUUGAAAGCUAACCCAAAAAAUCGGCAUAUAUUGAAAGCUAACCCAAAAAAUCGGCAUAUAUUGAAAGCUAACCCGAAAUGAUCAUAAUUUUAUUUCAGGAUGAUGGAAGAGUUGGCGACCGUUUCAUGGAACAAAUUGAACCCCUGGCAUCCAGCCUACCAUAUAUGACUUGUGUUGGCAAUCAUGAAAACUACUAGUGAGUGAAAGCUCCAUGUUGAUAUUAAUUUUUUUAAUCUUGUGAAACUUUCACCGUAAGACAAACGUACUUCCAGAAGGCCAAUAAUUAAGUAAUCCUAGAAAAGAAUUUUGAAAAAAAAACAACACAAUGUAUUAUGAGAACAAUUUAAUUUGAUAAAAAUCUUCUUUCAGCAACUUCAGCAAAUACAGAUCAAUCUUUAACAUGCCCAAUGAUAACAGGAAAAUGUACUUCAGGUAUGUGUUUUGAAAUAUUGAUUGUUUGGUCUCAUAUAUGUACUUCAGGUAUGUGUCUUGAAAUAUUGAUUGUUUGGUCUCAUAUAUGUACUUCAGGUAUGUGUCUUGAAAUAUUGAUUGUUUGGUCUCAUAUAUGUACUUCAGGUAUGUGUCUUGAAAUAUUGAUUGUUUGGUCUCAUAUAUGUACUUCAGGUAUGUGUAUUGAAAUAUUGAUUGUUUGGUUCAAGGAUUUUUACUUCAGGUAUGUGUAUUGAAAUAUUGAUUGUUUGCCCCCACUUGGUCUCAGGAACAUAAUUAAACCUAAAGAAACGUAAUUAGAAAAGAAAAGCAACUCUAUCAAGGCUGCAUGGCAUUACACCUAAUAAAUAAAAUAAACAUCAAAUUAAAGCAGGGAAGCAAAUCAAGUUAUGUGGAUAGCACCUAUGAUUUAAUAACAUUUGAAGUGAAAUAAAUAUUUAUAUCUGUUGAUCUUUCCUCCCUGCGAUGAACAUAUCUCAGACCUGUUUACUCUUACAAUUUUGGCGUACAAUGUACGAUUUUCCGGUGUAUACAUUAUAUAUACUGUAUGUUUAUUUUUUACUAUUAAGAUAAUGCAUUGAAUGAUAUUGUGAUGAUAUUGUACGAUUUUAAGAGUUUGAGGGUAAACAGGUCUGAUAUCUUUUUAUACCUCUUGAGCCUGAGCUAUCUUCUCCCUACCAUAAACAUAUAUAUUAUCUGUUGAGAUCUCUCCCCUCGGCCAUGAGCAGUUGCAUUUCCUUAGUAUGUCAUAUGUCCUCCCAUCAGAGCAUAUUUCUUAUGGGAAAGAUCCAAUAAUUGCAUAAACCAUCCUUUUCUAAGUUACACAGCUCAAGAAAUAUUCUUCAAAAAAAGCAUUUAGACUUUUUCACAGCCUCAAAAACAAACAAUCAGUUUUUAUAGCUAAAAGUUUUGUUUUUAAAUAACAAAGUUUUUAUAGCUAGAAAUUAUUUGACAAAGCUAGACACCCAUUUUAAUCAUUCACCUAAUUAAAAAAGAAAAGCAAAUUAAGUUCAUCACUUCAUGUUGUAUGUCAUGUUGUACAUCAUGUUGUACAUCAUGUUGUACAUCAUUGUUAUACAUCAUGUUAUACAUCAUGUUAUACAUAUUUUUAUGUUCUUGUAUUUUUCUUCCAGUUUUAACAUGGGACCAAUCCAUUUUGUCUCAAUCUCUACCGAGUUUUUCUACUUUCCACAUUUUGGAUUUGAUCAGAUUGAGGACCAAUAUGAGUGGGUUAAGAAAGAUCUUACAGUAAGGAUCACAUUUUUUAAAACAAUUAAUACAUCCACACAACUAUUUUACAAUAAAUGCUCACCAUGUCCACACAACUAUUUUGUAAACAUCACUAUGUUUAAGAAACUAUUUUGAUGUACAGUUAUGCAUGUUAGCAAAUAUAAUUUGAAAUAUUUACUGAUUUUUAACUCCGAUUUGAAGAGACCACAUCUGAAUUACUAUAUAUACAAAACAAGUAAUAGAUUUAUCUAUGAAAUUAGAGGUGGGUAUGGGGGGGGGGGAUAUAUAAAGAUAUUAGAUCUUUUCAUUGGUUUAUGGUUUAAAAAUGUUGUAUAUCUCCAUAAAUAAUUCAAAUGUUUGAAAGCUCAAAGCCAGAUCAGUUUUUAUAUUAUGACAACUUUUCUCUUUGACUGCAGGAAGCUAGUAAACCCGAAAACAGAGAGAAGCGUCCGUGGAUCAUAACUUUUGGCCAUCGCCCCAUGUACUGCUCCAACAAUGACAACGAUGACUGUACAAGCAAUGAAAGUUUGGUAAGUUCUUCACCUUUCAGUACUAUCUCUAUGGAACUUAUUUUUGUUAGGACAGUUUCUCACCAAAACUUGUUCAGAGACCUACUCAGGGCUUACAACACAUGAAUUUUGUUCUAUUAAAAGGUACGUGUUGGUGUUCAUGCCAUGGGAGUGCACGGGUACGAAGACCUGUUCCAUCAGUUUGGAGUCGAUGUUGCCAUCUGGGCACAUGAACAUUCUUACGAGAGGCUGUGGCCAGUUUACAAUUUGAAGGCUAGUUAUUUUUUUAAAUUUGUUCUACUUUGUAAUAUUCAAAUAAAUAACUUGCUGAAACUUGACAUGUGAAGUCAUUCAUUAAUGUGGAAGAAAUUUGUGAACUUUUAUGCUGUAUCAUUUGUGGAGAGCAUAUCAGCUAUUUAAUAAACUCAUUAAUAACAGUGCACUACCAUCCUUAAAUAUGAACUUACAAUGUGUUAAAAUGCGGCAAAUGUCUGCUUAUAGGUGAUGAAUGGUAGCUACGAGGAGCCUUACACCAACCCUGGUGGCAUUACGCACAUUAUUACUGGAUCUGCUGUAAGAUUUUGAUUCUUUCCUUCACCUCCUUCCCCCCCCCUUCCCCCCCCCCCUCUUAAAUUGUAGUUUUAAUUAAUAAUUAAAAAAAUAACUAUAGGUAACUGAAAAAUUGUUUUUACGAAGUUGUUAUAGUUAAGAAUUAUUUUAUUGUAAGUAUUUAAGGGAGGAAUUUUUAUUAUACUUUGCAAAUUAGUUGCGUCAUGGAAACCCACUGUAGAAACCCUCUUAAAGUGUCCAACGCUUCCCCGGGAUGGGUGAGGGAAGAUAUUAGGGCGUAAAUUUACCAACCCGACCCCUGAUAAAGUUGAUCGUGUGCACUCUGUGCAAACACAGUGUUGGGCCGACCGGGUGUCUUUGGGUUUGGGCGGCCCCCAGGGGAAUCCGAUCGAGCGGACUAGGGUGGGAGCUGUCCUGGCAAAGAGUCAUCUCCACAAGGUGCUUUGGGGAGGGCAUAAAGAGCAUUAGCUCGACGGCCCGCUGACGCCAAUUCUUAAUGUGACAUUUCAUUAUAAUUUGAAAGUAUUUAAGAUCGCAUGCUUAUUAUCAAUGACAGUUUAUAAGAAUAAAAAGAUAGGCAUGCAAUAAUCUGACAUCCUAAGUACAUAAGAUAAGCAUGCAACGAUCUUACAUCCUAUAAUCUCCUAUAUCCUAUAAUUUCCUACAUCCUAUAAUCUCUAACAUCCUAUAAUCUCUUUGUACUUAAUAAGGGUUGCAGUGAAGGUCAUGAACAUUUUGAAACAAACCCCCCUCCCUGGUCGGCAUACCGCAACAGCGACUAUGGCUUCACCCGCAUGAGGGCACUCAACAAGACCCAUCUCUAUUUUGAACAAGUGUCUGAUACUCAGGUAAUGUUGUGUACCAUAAAAUCUUUAGUAUAAUAUGCUGAAAAUUGAAUUCCAGCAAAAUAUAAAAACCAGCUUAUAACUGAUAUAUUAUUUACUGAAAUGUGACAUGUCAAAUGUGCCAAUAUAUAUAAUUUAUUAUUGUUCGUUCCUCGCAUGCAAAGAUGAGUUAUAGCCUUGACCUCAGCUGUAUUUUGUUUAGUGAGGGAUAGUUGCUCCAAUCAUCAGACUCCAUCUCUUUAGACUCCAUCUCCUGAGACUCCUUCUCCCCAGACUCCAUCUCUGGAGACUCCAUCUCCUUAGACUCCAUCUCAUUAGACUUAGACUCCAUCUCCGGGUUUGAACUCAGUUUGCCUUCUCUUAGACGAGUUGCCUUCUCUUAUAUGAGUUGCCAUCCCUUAGAUGAGUUGCCAUACUGGUUUAUAGAGUCCUAUCCACCCUGGAUGCUGGUGGUGUUUUGGCUUGAGUAGGCUAUGCUGGGGAUUGCACUCCAAUCCACUGUUGGGAUUGACUUGGUUUUGACCUCUCGACCACCCAUCACCAUAUAUUUACACCAUAUAUAAUAUAUAUAUAUAUCUAUAUUUUAUGUGCAGACACCUAAUUUUAUUUUGGUUUGGGGUCUGUUACAAAUAGCAUUGUGGCUGUGUAAUUUAUUACAAGAACCUCAUUUUCCAUCCAUGCUUGAUCAUUAAAUCUUUGUUGUGUAUUUUUAAUGCACAUUUUAACAUAACGGACUGAGCAUGUGGCAGUUAAUCUUCUCAUUAUGUCAGAUAAUUGAUAGUGACGAUAGUUACAAGAGAUAAACAUUUUUUAUUAAAUUCGUAUCAUGGUUAUAAAUAACUCUCAGCAUAAUAAUUUAUAUCUGUAUUUGAUGACCUUAUGCAAACAUAAAUCUUUCAGAUUAAAAUAAAUUGGAAACCACUGAGGAGGAUAUUCUUUAGACUAUCAAUUUAUUCAAUUUUUAUUUUUUAAAAAUUAUCAAUCGUAUUUAUUAUUCCAAAUUUUUAUCUUAUUUUUUUCAGAAUGGUCGAAUUUUGGAUCAUUUCACUCUUAUUAGGGACCACCACAGCUCAUAUUCCAAGAAGAGUGAAUAAUCCUUUAUGAAUGGUUGUGUCAUCACCAACUAAAACAUUCCAUUGGUCUGACUAUAUAUAUAUGUAUAUUUUUUAACCUCUUACUUCACUUAAUGUGCAAUAACCACCAGCCUCUGUAUAAGGCCAUAAGACACGUCCUUAGACACAUUCUAAGACACAUAAAUAAGAAUUUGAUUUUUUGAAGAGUCAUAUUUUGUAAAAUAUGAAAAUUAGAGGACUGAAAGAUUAUAAAAAAUAAAAUGUUUGGUGUACAGAAAAAUGAAAUAUUGUAUUCAUUUAAGAAGUGUUAAAAUUGCAAUUCUGUUUUUGUACCAGACAACUUGCAUGUAUGUAUGUACUUAAUUUGUAUAAUUUAUAUAUUCUAAAGAUGAUACAUUUGAUUUUUCAAGUAAUAAAUUAUUGUUUAACCAUGACAUUAUUUGGGAUAAAAUUGAUUUAUAAUUAUUCCCAACUGAACUAUAGUAAUAGUGACAUUACCUGGGAUAAAAUGGAAUUCUUGUUAUUCCCAACUGAACUUGAGGUUGUUAUGUGCACAACUCUAAACAAAUCUACGAAGUCAAAGGUCACAUGUCAGGCAUGAUUCUUCUUUGUACCUUUAACUUCUGAUCUUGUUAGCAUUACAUUAUUUUUGCUACCAGUAUUGUUCUUGUCAACUGAAUACUUUAUACUUGAAUAAAGCAUAAAAAAGUAAUUUUUUUGUUUUAUUCCAAUUACUUAAUUGUUAUUUUUGUACAGAAACAUUAUUCCAUUCCACCAUGAGCACAUGAUCUAAAGGCAAAAUGAUUAAAAAAAACUAGAAGUUUUAAAUUUGUAGAUUUUUAAUGUGCAUUACAGAGAUGGGUAAAAACUGAAAGACUUCAGCGAUUAAAACAUGAUUCUUUUAAUGCCUGUAGGAAACGAAAUAAAUAAAUAAAAUCA